UUUUGCUGUUGUGCAAAAGCUGAAAAAUAGUACAAUUCCAAUUUGAGUAGAGAGUUCACGUGUAUGCCGGACAUAUGUAUGUUUAAAAACAACAUAUUUAUUCGGGUUGUCUCCUUUUCUAUUUGUUUAUUGAGAUGUGGUGGCUAUGUGCUGAGCUAUGUGGGGGGAUUUCCAUUCAUACAGAUUGUUUACAAAAAGAAUUAUUGUAAAUAUUGGAAUUUGAAGGCCGUUCUUCAGUUCUAAGCAUAACAGGAGCGACAUUGGCCAUGGGGUCCAGUGUGAUAUUAAGCCUUAAGCGAUGCCUUCGGUCUGCAUUACCUUUUAUUAAUCAAGGAUCUUUAGCGUUCCUCGCGUUGCCGAACACGGCACACAUUAAGUGCUCCAUGGACUGGAGCUCCGGCCCAAAAUUGUGCAGAAACAACAGUAGGCAGACACAUUUGCAGAGCAAAUUAAAAAAUAGCACCGUCAGGCAAACGAAAAAUGAGUUGUGGGACAGUGUGGCAGAUAGAGAGGGCAAGGACUUUUUUCUCCGGAAAAAUCCUCCUAUCCCCAAAUACGUGUUUGCUGCUGGUACAGCGAAGAGGACGGCAGAAAUGCUGAAGAGGAAGGCGGGAUUUUCCCCAGAAGAGAAUCAUCACGAAGAGUCUGCGGAGAGCACAUCCGUGAGGAAAGGAAAACUGCAGCCACCUGACCAGCCGUUAUCUGUUGAGGAAUGGAAGAAACUGAAGGAGUCUCUUGGAAGUCCGGAACGAUUUGACAUUAGCAUGUUGUCUACACUAUUAAAAUCUGGGGCCGAGUUGGAUAUUGCCAAGUCUCUGCUGUCAUUUGUUGCCACUGAAACAGGAACGCUUUCCUAUAAAAUCCUAUUGCAGUAUCUGGCACUAUGUGUGAAUGGCAAUCAUGACAAAGAAGUAUUUGACGUCUACGAUAUUAUGCGAGAGAGCUUCCCCUCUUUGGAUACCGGCGCUUAUAGCCUCUUCAUCAAGUCUUUCAGCCGCACAGCAAGGUGGCGAGAGGCGAUCAGCCUCCUACAAGACCUUAAGAAGGUUGUUACCCCAUCAUCUCGCAGUUAUGGCAAUAUAAUUGCUGCAGCCAUGCUAAAUGGUGAUCCAAGCACUGCCUGGGCUCUUUAUGAGGAAUUAUUGGCAAAAGGUCUGAGCCCACAACAUGAGACUUGGACAUGUCUUUUUAAGACAGUGGGCAUGGAGGACGAAGAAACCAUGUUGCUGAGCGAGCAGCGAGAGAGGCUGCUGGGAAUUCUGCUGUACAUGAGGAACAACCAAGUUUACCCGCAGCUGAGUCUGGCUAACAGUAUCAAGACCUGGUUUGAAAGUAUUCCACGACAGAAGUGGAGAGGAACUUGGAGCAGCGCCUCGCCAAAGGGUGUGUGCAACAGUUGUGGAACAGAGUUGGAAUCCAUUCAGCUGACUGCGGAGGAGUACCAACAGCUGAGAAAAAGAGUCAUGACUGACAUCAUCCAGGGACGUGAUGUUUUCAACAAGACCACGCCAGAGGAAUUGGAAAGUUUCAAGGCCUUUGUGAGGAUGAAGCCAGCGUUUGAUGUAGUCGUGGACGGUCUUAAUGUGGCAAAUAUCAACAAGGACAGAAGCAAGCAAUCGGAGAUGUUGCUGGCAGUGGUAUCGGAGCUCAACCUACAGGGCCUUACUGUUCUGGUGCUGGGGAGGAAACACAUGCUGCGACCCUCUAGAUCUUGGGACAGACACAACAUGAACCUUAUCCAGCAGAAAGCUCAUUGCUUUUUUACUGACAACAUUUCUGAAGACGAUCCCUUCUUGCUAUAUGCCACUUUGCAUUCGGGUAACCAUUGCCGCUUCGUGAGUAAGGACCUGAUGAGGGACCACAAGGCUUGCUUGCCUGAUGAGGCCACCCGGCGACUCUUCUUCAAAUGGCAGAGGGGCCAUCAGCUGGUCGUGCAUGGACAUAUCUUGGCAGGGAGGAGGGUCCGAUUUCAGAACAUUCCCAACUGUGACACCAUUGUGCAGACAUCGGGAGACACCUGGCACAUCCCUUAUGAUGACACAGAAGACCGGAGCACUUAUGAAGUACCACAGAAAUGGUUGUGCAUUACCAGAAUGCCCUGAAAACAUACCCAAUCCCUGCAAUUGGCUUGCAUCCGGUCCAGGUUGUACCUUGUUAGGGCCGGCAUUAGCUCCUGUUAUCAGCCACUCUAAGGAGGACAUGCUCAAUAAAUUCAUCAUGUCUGUACUUUUGAAUAAAAAUAUUCAAAGACUUUGCUUUUCGAUAUACGUUGAUGGCCUGGGGGGGGGGCAAAUUAUGAUUUUGAUCAAGACCUUGUUGCAAUUUGCUAAUAAAGUUUAUAUAAAAUAUGA